GCCCGCCGCUUUUUCGCAGCGUCGAGGAAGAAUCCACGAGUUAUCCUUUCGGCAAUGAGGAGGAUACUUCUGACCAUGACCCUGCUGUCGACGGCAAUGUCCGAAAAUAUUCUGAUGGAGAACCAUCCGGCAUCAACGGCGUGGAGCCGCGAGAAGCAGUUCUGGAAUAAGAAACUAGAGCGAGCGUCGCGGGAUGACAUCCCGUUGGAACUGAAAGCUAUCCCGAAUUACGGCGACGACAGGCAGUUCCCUCGGAUCACGGACACACGGCUCGUCGACGAACCCGUGCAGCUGUCGCCGAUAACGGUUAUCAGGCGGCCCGACUUCAUGCGAUUCUCCCUAGCUGGUCUAUUGCCGGACAAGCCGAAGUUCGACAACACCAGGCCGACGGUCUUGAUCUCCAUCGGCAUACAGAACAAGAAGGCGGUUGACCGUACGCAGGAGGAAUGCUCGACGAGGAAGAGCUUCCGCAAGCAUAAUCUAGACCGGCAGAUGCAGCAGCCGUUCUACGUCGAGGAGCCGCGGUGGAUCGAGAUCGACCCCAGCUACGCGGACGGGUCGGCUCAGGAAAACGCCGAUCCUUACAUAAUGUCGCGAGGCAAGAAAUUCAAGAUGAAGAGCCCGGACAAAUUGGAGAAGACGAUCGAGGAUUACAAGGAGAUCCUGGAUUACACGAGCAGGAGCAAGAGGCUGUCGACGAAAAACCACGUCCACAGAUCCAUCGAAGCGACGGACGAAGGCUUCCAGACUAACACGCUUGGCGAGAAGCGCGGUCGGGAUGAGGAGUCGAGCCGCUACGACCUCCUCCGGGAUCUCGGAAGACCUAUCAGCAAGAUCGCGUCGAUCCGAAUGGAGAGUGACGCAGACGAGAAGAAGUCGCCGAAAAUCGACGAGAGGUUCGACGAUGAAAACGACGAGAAGAGGAAGUACACCCUUAUGAGUCCUGUUCGCGGGGGGGUCUUCGUCGAUAGAUUACAGACGCGAGGAUCGCCGUACGCUCACAAAUUCGUAGAGAAGAAUCGAGCUGCCGCGAACGACACGUUAAUCGCAAACUCCAUCGAACAAGAGCUGCAGCGUGAAGAUGUUCCAAGAUACGUUAAAAACGACGUUAAAAACGAUGAGACCGUGAAGGUCGACAAGAGAUUCCGCAAGGAGGACUUCGCCGGACUCGGUACGGGUCCAAGUAACGAAGGAGCAUUCGAAAGCGACAUGUUCAUCAGGGCGCACGAGAAGCGCGGGAACCGCGAGAUCGGCUGGACAAGUCUGAACUACAAGGACUACGUCGGCAAGAAGAAAAGCACCGCACCUGAGCGAACGCGCAACAAUGAUUAUCCUGACGGAUUUGACAACUUCAGCACAUACGGCGACCUUUUCAUCCCGUUCCGCGGUAAGAAACUGUUCGAUGGCGAUUCCGAGCAGAUAUCUGGCAGGAGGAAUACAAGGCUGAACAGGCCCUUCGCAGGACGCUGGCAAGAUUCGCCGAGCAUCGAGCGUUACGCGCAUCACAAGGAACCCGAGAGAGAGGAGAGAGAAGCAAAGAACGAUGUAAACGGACCAGAUUUCGGCAAGGACGACGCAAGGACGACAGACUCGCAAUCGACGAAGAAGCCGGACUCAAAAAGCUCCUUCGAAACGAAGAGGCAUUCGAAUUACCGGGAGAAGCGCGACAUUUACGAGGCCAGACACGAGCUCCGAGAGGACGCGUUGCUGAGGAGCAUCGAGGAGGAGAUUGCGGAGUCUGCCGAAGCUUACUUGAAGCCGAGAAACAAGCAUAGCAACGCCCCGGACCUGCAGACCCACCUGUCCACUGGACCUUUCUUCGUCAUGCGAGGUAAAAAGGUGCCGCGCGAACUCUCAUACACGCUGAACUCGAUGACAGAGUGGCCGAACAACGUGAUGAUUGACAUCGUUCGAGCGAUACAUCGAUCGAUGAAGCAGGAUCCGUUGAAGAUGCUGCUGACGGAGAGGUCCAAGUGCAACGACGACGAAAACUGCGACACCGACGCGAACCGGUCGCCGAAGAGCAAGACGAUGAUGACGAUGAGAGACCGACGCGACUCGUUCGAUAAGUUCUUGAGGAAGCACGACCCGUUCAUGUUAAUGAGGGGCAAAAAGCUGAAAUUGGAAAACUUUUAGUACAACAGCCGACCGUAGCGGCAGCGAAAGAGUCGCGCCGUUUGAGUGGAUUUCAGCUUCGUUUUCUAUCGCUGCACUACCUCGCACCAGGUAUAUUUUCCUUUCCCCUCCCAAGUUCCGAAAGUGUACAUCAGCGGUAGAAAACAAAUCUUUCGAUUACGGACGCUACGCGAGACGACAGGUCUUCGACGUAUCCUUCCUGAUGACCUCGCGAUGACGCUACGACAAGGAAGCGGGACGUGUGACCUCGGGUGACCGCGGUCUCCCCCCGAUGUACGUAGAUUGCUACUUGCUUUGGCUGUGCUCGGAACGCGAUGCGACUUCAAACACAGCGACGUAUCAUUUUUCCAGACAACCGUAUUCGUUGCGAAUUCGAGCGAAUGGCGAGAAGAUUAUGAGUUACUUAGAAUUAGAAGGUUAAACUCAGUGCGCGUGACAAGGAAUUACUUGUGCUGCAAACCUCUAGGUUUGCAGGCUCUAGUCUGCAAACGCGCGAACCCGUCAAUAAUUACGGAGCAAAUGCAAAAUUUAUGACGAUCUGAGCACGUAGUCUGCAUUCGCGUGACAUACUCUAGUAUAAACUCGACAUACUUAUAAUGUGUAAUGUUACUGCAUGUCUAUCGUUAAAACUGACAGAUUUGCGGCGUAAACAGAGGUCACAACAUUGAAUCGAUACGUUGAUUGAAACAGCAAAUAAAAGUUGAUAUAAAUCUUAGAAUUGCUAUAUAUAACUGACAUGCCAUUAAUAUACUCGUUUCGUAAGCACAAAGAAAAGGCCGAAAAGUAUAAAGGAACUUCUGUGAUGAUAAAACUCCUUGCUUUGAUAAAACUCCAAAACAUAACCUAUACGAACGCAGUUAUCGAGAAGCUGUUUCCUCGUUGCAAACUGUGUCGUCGAUUGCUUUGUGCUUGAACGUAUCGCUCGAACACGUUGGUUCGCACGCAAACUGUGCGAAGUAAAAAU